AUGGUACUGCUCUGUGUUGCGGCCGCUUGUGGACGGGCCGACCUAAGUAAGAAUCUCCCUGUGAUUCUCGUUGGUCAGAUGUUUGGUGAAAUCCGCUAUUUUCUUAACACCGCUUUGUUCUUCUUCAGGAGCUUCUUCUUCUUGCUCGACGAUUCUGCUAAUAGCGUUUCUUCCCACGACGUGAAUCGAACUCAAGAAAAUCCGGAAGAGGUGAUUGAAGCUGCAAUAGACCAAUUAAAAGAAACAAUGUUGGGACAUGAAAAAGCGGAGAGUCAAAUAAAAAAAGAGCCUCUUGAUGCUGCCGACCAAGACAACAAAGAACUGGCCAAGUUUCAGCAGCGCUUGAAAUGUCUCUCUCGGCAAGAUAGUGCAGAGUCCAUGGAAAACCUCUUCCUUCUUAUAAAAGAGGAUCUCUCACUCGAAGCUGCCAACAGGGCCCGUCAACUUAAGGCAACACUUGAGAUGGUUGAAAAGGCCGAAUAUCAUUUCCCGCAAUGCAGCGUUGGUGCAAAUCAGGUCAAGUUAUCAGAAGAUUUGGAGAAGCAGGUAAUGGACGAGCUAGCAACUCUGUUCCCAGAAGGCUAGCUGCAGUUUACGUUUGAGGCUAUUAGUGUUUUCAGUAUGACAAAGUUUCCUGUUUCUAAUUCGAUAUAGACAUAGAUUGUACAUUAGUGCUUUCUUACUAUGACAAACUUUCCUGCAUCUAAUUCGAUUUCUGUUUCUUGAUGAUA